AAUUUAGUCUUUGUUGAUCAUCCAGCAACGUCGUCUGCACAAACAAGUUCCUCUGUCUCUUUUGUAUUUAUCAAAUCACUAUACCACCAGGUCAUGUUGCUUGCGAUUUGGUCGGCGGUCAUAUUGGCUGCCGUGGCGCUCUACUUCCGUCAGGUGUACACCAGGUUUAGCAGAUAUGGAGUCAAGCAUUUCAAGCCGAUACCAAUUCUUGGUAACAUGGCUCGCAUUUUAUUACGCAUGAGCCAUUUCUCUGAUGAUACGCAAAUACUUUAUAAUGCUUAUCCUGAAGAGAGGUUUGUAGGAAGAUUUGAAUUUCUGAAUCCUAUGGUGAUGAUCAGGGACAUAGAACUUAUAAAGAAGAUAACGGUGAAGGAUUUCGAACACUUUCUAGAUCAUCGUUCUUUUGUUAACGAGAAUGUUGAUCCUUUCUUUGGACGAAAUCUGUUCUCAUUGAAAGGCGAUGAAUGGAAAGAUAUGCGAUCGACACUAAGCCCUGCAUUCACGAGCUCUAAGAUGCGUUCUAUGGUUCCAUUUAUGGUGGAAGUUGGGGAGCAAAUGAUAAAGUCACUUAAGAAAGAGAUUCAGAAUUCUUCAGGUGAAUAUAUUGACGUGGAGGGUAAGGAUCUGACGACGAGAUAUGCAAACGAUGUCAUCGCUUCCUGUGCUUUUGGACUGAAAGUAGACUCACAUAGCGAUAAAAGCAACAUAUUCUAUAAGAUGGGCAAAAUUGCUGCAACCUUCAAUUUCAAGCAGUUGCUAAAAGUUUUCGCGAUGACUUCUUUUCCUACUGUAACUAAGGUAAGAGUUUAAUAGGGUAUUUUUUACCAUGUAAAAAGAUACGUGUUUAUGAUACGUUUAGUAAAAAGUAAAGGAGAACUUUUGAUUUCUAUUCAUAGAAACGCAAUAUAAAUUUUAUAUUUCACUUUCAAAAAUAUUUUUUAAUCUGUGCCUCAAAUAUUAAAACGCUAUCCGCCAUAUAAGAUUCCAUCGUGACGUCACUAAGACAGUAAACAAACUAAUGUGCUGUGUGUUAUUUCGAAUUUUUUGAAGUUACCAUCAUGAUUGUUGACUUUUAUUCCGUAUUUAAUUGAAAUGACAUCAUGGAAGGCAGAUUCGUAAAUAUAAUUUAUACUUAAAUUAAAGUGAUCUUCACACAAGUAUACUUCAGUUUUGUAGACAACGUCUUCGGAUCUCUUCUUGCCAAUUUUAUCUAAUUAUAAUAACAUCAUAUUUAUAAUAAUAUCACAAUAUCAAUCAUUAUAAUAAUGUCAUAUUUAAAUCAGUUGGCACUUGAAUCCGUUACUUCCCCGGAGUUCUUAUGUUCGUAUUUUUACAUUCAUAUAAAACACACCAAUGAUAAUAUGAUAACUUAUUAUUAAAUAUCCAAAAAUAUCUCAUUCCUUUGCAAAAUAAUUUUAUUUACCAGCGCAGUGUCGUCACAAACUGAACAGCAUGGCGGCUGGCGUUUUCACGCCAACAUUUAAAACGAUAAAUUAAAAGUAUUUUUUAUGGCACUAUUCGGUUUUAAAAUAAAAAUUACAUAAAAUUAUAGUGGUUCAUUAUCACUCUAGAAUUAAAUUAAACACUAUUUGAAAAUUUGUGUAAUAUCCUAUUGUUACUAUUAAAAACAAAGCCAGUAGCAGAUAUUAUACCUAAAGCUAACAACUAGUAAAUUGGGAGGUUUGAAAGGCCAUCACGAUUUGAUCUUACAAUGCCACGCUGAAGACAUAUUAUGUUUUACACGUGGUAGAGCCAUGUUGCAGCUAUAUUAGUAGUAGUUGUACACGAAUGGGUCGGCUCGACCGGGGAAGGACCACGAUCUCACAGAAUUCCAGCGUAAAAUAGCAGCUUCACACUGCUGAGUUUCAUAUAGUGAGUGUAGAGAACCGGAGACCCUUUUUACUGGAAAAGAGGCAUUCUGUCUUAGUCCUUACGGGUGACAACGCAUCUACAUUUUAAUUCUUUAUUGAGGAUAGAUGUAGAUGUCUAUGGGUCACAGAAACCACUUACCAUCAGGUGGACUAUUUGCUCGUUUGUCACCCUAUCCUAUAUAAAAAAAAUGUUUGUAGCACGAAUAGGCUACGAUGGCUAUCCGAGUACAGAACCAGAGUACGAAACCUAUCCAAUUGCAGAGAGGUGUAAGACAGGGUGACGUCAUAUCUCCGAAACUCUUCACCGCUGCAUUGGAAGACGUUUUCAAGCUUCUGGACUGGAAAGGAUACGGUAUCAACAUCAAUGGCGAGUACAUCACUCACCUUCGAUUUGCCGACGAUAUAGUCCUUAUCGCAGAAUCGCUGGAGGACCUAAGCACUAUGCUCAAUGACCUCAAUAGUGUUUCCCAACGGAUAGGUCUUAAGAUGAACAUGGACAAAACUAAGAUCAUGUUUAAUGUCCAUGUCACACCUAUGCCGAUAGUUGUUGGGAACACUAAGCUCGAAGUUGUUGACGAGUAUGUUUACCUGGGACAAAUAGUCCGACUGGGUAAGUCCAACUUCGACCGAGAGGUCAAUCGACGGAUUCAACUCGGCUGGGCAGCGUUCGGGAAGCUACGACACAUCUUCUCGUCAGACAUACCUCAAAACCUUAAAACGAAAUUGUACAACCAGUGCGUGUUGCCAGUGAUGACUUACGGAACUGAGACGUGGUCCUUCACUGCUGGCCGUAUGAGGAAGCUCAAGGUCGCUCAGCGAGCUAUGGAGAGGGCUAUGCUCGGAGUUUCUCUGCGUGAUAAACUUAGGAAUGAGGAUAUCCGCAGUAGAACCAGAGUGACCGACAUAGCCCAACGGAUUAGUAAGCUGAAGUGGCAGUGGGCCGGCCAUAUAGCUCGAAGAACCGACAACCGAUGGGGAAGAAAGGUUCUCGAGUGGCAGCCUCGUACCGGUAGGCGAAGUGUAGGGCGUCCCCCCACGAGAUGGAGUGACGACCUGGUAAGACAUGCAGAAAGUCGAUGGAUGCAGGUGGCUCAGGACCGUGUUUUGUGGCAUUCUUUGGGGGAGGCCUAUGUUCAGCAGUGGACUUGUGAAGGGCUGUAAUGAUGAUGAUGAUGAUGACGAAUAGGUAUAACAACGCCCUCAAAAAAUACCAGCGUAUUCUGUAGAUAUAAGUGUAGAAAACUCGCGUGACAACGGCAUUUGCAUUUUAUUCAUAAUUAAGCAUAGAUGUAGUUAUCUAUGGGCCAUAGCAUUUACUUACCUUCAGGUGGACUGCGUGCUCGUCUGUCUCCCAUAUCCUUUAAAAAAAAAUCUCCGUGAUAACUUCUGUGAGGCAUUUUCAUUGAAAUAUGUCAAAACUUUUAAUCUGCUGCAGCUAUAUUAGUAGUAUAGUUGUAGCACGAAUGGGUCGGCUCGACCGGGGAAGGACUAUGCUCUCACAGAAUACCAGCGUUAAAUAGCAGCUUAACGCUUCUGUGUUUCGUAUUUUGAGUGUAGAAAUCCGGAGACCUUUUUUACUGGAAAAGAGGCAUUCCAUCCAUCGUCCUCACGGGUGACAACGCAUCUGAUUUUGAUUCGCAAAUAAGGAUAGAUGUAGAUGUAUAUGGGUCACAGCAACCACUUACCAUCAGGUGGACUGUGUGCUCGUUUGUCACACUAUGCUAUAAAAAAAUUCUUUCAACUUCAUCGCGACCGACAGUUAAUUCUGCCCAAAAACCUUAAUCCGACAUUUCACAUUCUAUGUUACAAUCAAUCAUCAAUGCGAGAAUAUUUAGGUAUCAAUAAUCAAUAAAUUAUAAAUAAAAUACCAAUGAAAUUAUUUAUUUAUU